AAAGUUACAUUUUUUAAAUUAUUAUUAGUUAGUUGAUACCUCAUUUUGUGUCGAAAGUUGCGAAUAUUUUUUCCGGGGGAUUUGUUACACAACCUCCAGCAGUUGUUCAAUUCAAGUGCUUUUCUACAAUAAAUGUUAGUUGGGAAAUCGGAAUAGAAAAUUAUGGCUGAAGAUAAACCAGUUAAAAUUAGAAAGACCAAAGCUGGUUUUGAGCCUUAUCAAGUAAAAAAGUUUCAUUCUGUUGCUUGGUCUAAAGAUGAAAACACUGUGCCUGUUCAGCAGGAAAUUCAAGAAAAGAAAACCAGGAAAAAUAAAACAAAUUCACGCCAAAGUUACUCAAAUUCAAAAGUAAAUAAAUAUUCACAAAAAUCAAAACAUAUAAAUUCUCAAGUUGAACAAACUAUCAAUAAAGUUGUUGAAAAAGAAGACUGGGAUAUUGAAAUUGCUAACCAAGAAAGCAAGAAAGAUACCAAUGAAAAUGAAACAUCAAUGAUAAAAGAAGACACUGAACAAGAAAUAAAGUUACCUAGGAAGGAUUCUUUGAAUAAAAAUGACAAAGUGCCUAUUAACUUAAGUAAUGCUGAAGAAAUACGCAGAAAAACUCAAGGUAUAUCAAUUUUAGAAUGUCCAUGUUCAAAUAGUACAUCUGAAAGCUCUGUCGAUGGUUGUUUAGAAACUUAUGAUUUAAAUAAAUGUCUUACAAAUAAUAAUAAAAAUAUGAACAAAGAUGUUUAUAACAAUGAUGAUGUAUAUAAAAAUGGCUUUAACACAGACAAAGUUAAUUAUCUUCCUGAAAAUAGCUCACUAAAUGUUAAUAGUUUGACUAAACAAUGUACUAAAGACUCUUUACUUUCUGUUGCUGAUAAAGAAACUCAAAUUAAUCAUGUGUUAGAUAUGACUAUUGAAAAUAAACAGUCAAAUAGUUCAUUAAUAAAAAACACUUUGACCAAACAAUCAAUGGACACCACACACAAUCUUGAUGAAGUUUUAAGCACAACAGAAAUAAAUUCAUUAUUCAAAAAUAUUAAGAUUGACACAUCUGCAAUAAAUAUUUUAAAAAAUGAAAAGUCAUCGGUUCAAAAUGAAACCCAUCAUGUUCUCCAGGAUAUCAAGGGACAAGAAAAUAUUUUAUUUCAUGAAAACAUCCAGAAGGUAAAUGUUAAGUCGUUGGUUAUUAAUGGAGAAAUGCAAAAAAAUGUUUUUAAAAAUAGGCGUAAACAAAAGACCCAAUAUUCUACCCAAUCCUCCCCCCAAUCUUCUCAGGAAAAAAAUUUAUCAACUAGAGAUGAAAAGACACCCAUUCAAUCAACUAAUCCUGAAGAUUUAGUUUUAUCAGCAUUUCAAAAGGUUUCUGCAGAUGAGCAAGGAACUCAAUCAAAACGACAUGUUCAUUUUUCAAAUUCAGAUAAUGCACAUAUUGAUGACAAAAUGUUUCUCGAGAAAAAAAUUAUUUCAGAAGAUAAGUCUACUGAAAAAAAAGAAACAGAGAAAAAGUUUGUGAAAAAAAACAGGCAGCUCAAUUUACAUAUAAAAGAAAUCAAAGAGAAGCAAUUUCAACUGUCAAAACUUUUAGAGAAAGGAUUUCAGUCAAUGGAGUCUGUUAAAUUAAUGAUCAGCACAGCUGAAGCAAUCCAACAAAAUUAUGUGGACCUAAUUAUUCUACAUCAAGAGUUUGCAUUUAAGUUUGACUAUGAAAGUGUAUUAUGGAAAUCAGCGUUUCAUAACAUAAUAACACAAUUUAGAAACUUUCUUGAAUCUGAAAAUAUUCCCAAAAAGGUUUUGCAAGAUAUUGGGAAGCUUUACUGGCAAUUUCUUCAAAGUGGAAUUCAAUUCUUAGAUAUGAUUAUAGUGAAUUUAGAGGAGCAUCAUGGUUUUAGUUUACAAGACUACUUAAAGGAUCCUGUUCUUAUGCUUACAUGCAAGAAACAAGUCAAGUUGGCACUUCGUAGCUGUCAUCUUCUGCUUAUUUUUAUUGGCGAUCUUGAACGGUACAUAGCUCAGCUUCAGCAAGAAAGCAGUUAUGAACAAGCUAUACUUCGAUACAAAGAUGCACAAAUACUUGUUCCUAAAAAUGGGAAGUCAUACAACCAACUUGCUGUGGUUGCUGUAGUUGCAAAGAGAAAGCUUGAUGCAGUAUACUAUUAUGCUCGCAGCCUGCAAGCUAGUAAUCCUAUUCUUUCAGCAAAAGAGCGUUUAACAGCUAUCUUUCAAGAGAUCAAGAAAAAGGCUCGAUUGUUUGAUCAACACCACUAUCAAACACCAGUUAUUGGUUCGAAUCUUGGUGUUUUUAAUGGUUCAAAUGCUGCACCAGAAACUCAUAGCAAAUAUAAUCACCAUAACAUUCAGGCAAAAAAAAAUAGUGACCAUUUAAGUCAUGAGGUAUGGACAUUUAUCAAAAAUGGUCAUAUGUUCAAAGUUAUGCUGACUGAGGAUAAUAAUGUGGUAGACCUUACGUUAAAUUCUUCACUUGCUAAAGUAACCAAUGCUAAUUUCAACAACAUUGAACAUGAUAAGCUUACUUUAAGAAAGGUGAACAAAGGUUUUAUGAUUCAUUUCUUGCUUUUACACAGUAUGCUCUAUACAAAUAUUGGACUUGAAAAUUUUACUUUGGUACAUCAGGAGACAUUAAGUGAUUUGACAACACUUUUACAACACCCGAAAGCAUCAAGCAUCAAACAAGAAAGCUUGCUAAAGUAUAUGGCGAUCAAUUUGUUUGCUAUUCAUAAUAUUUUAGAUAAGCAAGAUACUUUAAAUGUUGUUCAUGGCACUAGUUUGGAUUUGGCAAUUUUAUUUGGAAUGGAUAUGUUUUCUAUAUUAGCUAAACACUCUGCACAACUCAUCAAAGAAAAAGGUCCCUGUGAUCAGUUUAUGCCAGCCUUAAGAACAUGGAUGAAGUGGUUAGCAAACCAUUGUGAAUUAGUGAUGAAAUCUUCUGUGAGUUCAAUGUUUGAUGUAUGGACACGUUGUUGUGAACUAUUUAAUUGCUUAGCAAAUAUUAAAAAUGGAUUAACAGACAAAAAUCAAAAUGAAAAUGGCACAAACGCUUACUUGAUUGAAGAUUUAUUUUUGGCAGGUUUCAAACCACUUGAACCAACUCUUUUGUUUUGCAAAGUUUCAACAGGACAUGAGGAACCUGCAUUAUCCAAUCUUCGAUUAAAAAGUCUUAUUGAAAUAUUAUCAUUAAUGGAUGAACAAGAUAACUGGUGUUAUGUAUUUGAUGAGAAGGAUAAUGAGUAUAAACCAAUUCAAACAAGUGAAAAAAUUACUUUAUCUCCAGAAAAGAAAUUCAUAGAGCUAUCAGAAACUAGUCAAGAAGAAGUUGAGGACUUUGAAGAUGACAUUAUUUAUGAAGAUGAUGACAAUGAAGACUUUCAUGAAACAGCACAGAUUAGUGACUUAAAGGCUCAAAAGGUUGCUUUACAAAAAAUUAUUCAAGCACAAGAAGAACAGCGAAAUGCUGCAAUGGCAGUCAUUGAAAAUCAAAGAAGGUUGGGUCGCAACAUAUUCGAGAACUGCCCAUCAACAAUAGUUGCUGAUACAAAUUGUUAUAUUGAUCAUUUAGCAUUAAUGCAAGCACUCUUGCAAUCUAAAAUGUUUUGUAUUGUUGUUCCAUUGAUAGUUAUUAAUGAGUUAGAUGGGUUAAAGAAGGGUUCAAGCAAUACUAAUCACCGCUUACAGCAAAGUGCAGGAUUAGCUGUCGAUAUGUUAGAAGAUUGGUUCAGCAGGAAAGAUUCUUGUUUACGUGCUAUCACAAGUAAUGGUACAGAAAUGACUACAAUUGCUUUUCGUGCUGAAGAGUUUUCAAACGAUAGAGGUAACAACGACGAUGUCAUAUUGUCAUGCUGCGUGAGAUAUUGUAAAGAAAACAUAACUCGAAGUGAAGGAGACUCAAGAAUCGUACUUCGUUCAGUGGUGCUUCUAACAGACGAUAGAAACUUACGUGUUAAAGCACACACUAGAUCUGUCCCUACAACCGACAUUGUUACUUUUAUAAAAAUGGCGAAAUUAAUUUAAAAGUUAAACCUUUGUUGGAUGGCUCUUUUUGCAUGGCUGUCCAUGUAUUUAAUUGUACAUCACAUGAUGUAUAAACUUCGUUUAGUGCUGAAAUCUAGUAAAGCUCUUGGGAGCCUAUCCGGUAUCGUGACAUUUUUAAUCAAUCGGUGUAAACCCUUGAUCUUCAUGAAUGUCAAGUUUUCAGAGUUUUUCAAAUACUUGAAGAACCGUCAGACCGCUGACCGUUGAAUUUC